CAGCGAGUUUGCCCUGCAGCCGAAAGAAGGCGGGAGCCGGCGGGGGCCCUCGAACCCCCCUGGCAAGCCGGGCUGGGAGUGCCUGGAGAGCGGCCGCUUCCUGGGGCACCCUCUCGGACGUCCCUGUCGGAGGGCGACCGUUCUGGGCCCCCGGCGGGAGACGCUCCGGGUGACCCCCGGCGGGGCCCUGCGAGCCGCGGGAGGCGGCCCCGGGGCCUCGAGAGGGGAGACAGGGGGUUUCCGGAGAAGCGGGCCAGGGGGCUGAAGGAGCCGGAGCGCGGCGGAGCGGGGCCGGGCCUCCCGGGCGCGGGGCAGGGCAGCGCCUCAUCCGGAGACCGAGUCUGGGACCCUCGGGGACGGGGGUCUCAGCGACCUGCCCCGCAGGGAGCGCGGCCGCGGAGUGGCCUACCAGGGACCCUCCCCUCGCGGGGCCGGCCCGGGCCGGGGAGAUGAACGGGUUCAGCACCGAGGAGGACAGCCGCGAAGGGCCCCCCGCCGCCCCCGCCGCCGCCCCGGGCUACGGCCAGAGCUGCUGCCUCAUCGAGGACGGCGAGCGCUGCGUCCGGCCCGCGGGCAACGCCUCCUUCAGCAAGAGGGUCCAGAAGAGCAUCUCGCAGAAGAAACUCAAGCUGGACAUCGACAAGAGCGUAAGGCACCUAUAUAUCUGCGAUUUCCACAAAAAUUUCAUCCAGAGCGUACGAAAUAAAAGGAAGAGGAAGACAAGUGACGAUGGUGGAGAUUCUCCUGAGCAUGACACUGAUAUACCUGAGGUCGAUCUAUUCCAGCUGCAGGUGAACACUCUCCGACGUUAUAAACGACACUACAAAUUGCAGACCAGACCAGGCUUCAAUAAGGCCCAGCUAGCAGAAACUGUCAGCCGACACUUCAGAAACAUACCUGUGAAUGAAAAAGAGACCCUCGCCUACUUCAUCUACAUGGUGAAGAGUAACAAGAGUAGACUGGAUCAGAAAUCGGAGGGAGGCAAACAGCUCGAGUGAAGGUGAAGUGCAUCCUAAAGGCAUGAAAUAUGCUUAAUGCACAGGUGAUAUCAGCUACCGUUAAGCCCAUAAAGACUGUUAAAAUUUUAUUGUAAAUAAAAAAGUUUGAUGAGUACUGUAAAUCUUUUUGGUCAGGAGAAUUACGUUCUCAUGAUUCAGCAUGUGUAUAGAAAGAAUUUCUUUUAAAAAAAAUUGGAUCAUAAAAAGAUUGAAAGAAUACGUAUUGCAGCAUUUAACAAAGCAUUAAGUCAGUUCUACUGGAAAUGUGGGAUAAAACAUAUUUUGGUCGUCACGUUGUAGUAGCAGGCCACCAUGUGUGAGACAUAGCCCGGGAAUAGCAGUGAGGUACAGCUGAAGGUGGAGGUGCAUGAGCAGACCCAGAUCUGGACUUGCACGCUGCCAACUGGGGAUAUAGAUGUUCCCCUUUGUUGCAAGCUUUGUAGUUUAUCAGCAAAUCAGUUGGACACUGGUCCCCUCAUCGCCCUGUGCCUUGUACACAGUAGGCACCCAGCCAGUAUUUGGCGGUUAAUUGAGCUGUCACUAACAGUGCCAGCCUUGUAACAGCUGCUUCACACCUCUACUUACUGAGACUCUGCCAUUUCUGUUGCUUGCCAUUUAACUGCUAGAGUGUGGAGGGAGCCCUGACACCCAACAGGGAGAUUUCACAUCAAAGGAGGACUUCAGGGCAGUUGCAUGUGCAAAGCUGUAUUUGUCAAGGUUCCAGAAACACUGAUAUAAAGACCAUCACAGGAAAUGCAGUCCUUUGCACGCCCCUGUCUGCUUCAGUCUGGGGUGAAAUUGCAUAUUACAACUUCAGCCAUUCUCCUGGGCAGUAAAUGCUUUGACAAACGGAGAUGUUCAGUGACUUGGGGCUAAUAUCUCAGAAGUACUAAUGCUCAGUUCACAACCACCAAGAAAGCUGCCAAGGACCAAGUAGGAGAAGUUGAGCUCUGGGAGUGGAAGUGUGGCUGGCCUUGACCCCCGGGCUCUGAGGUCAGCAGCAAAUCAUGGGUUUAAGCAACAAAGGCCAGUGCUAUCUGAUGCUCAUAUUUGUGAGUAAUUUGUCUCCCCAUUAGGGGGAAAGAUUGCUAAAAUUAUUUUUUAAAAAAAGGAUUAAUAAUUAACUGAUUUUUUUUUAUGUUCAAAAAGUCAGAUUCCUCUAUCUAAUUAUAUCAGAGCCAAAGUAUCCUGUAAAAACAAAGCUUUAUACCCAAAAGUAUACUUUUGCAAAAUUCUGUAAUCAGGGUGUUGAGGGGCAGAGGGUAUUGGUAGGGGAGUGGGAGAAAAAGAAAAGGAUUUGGAUUCGAAUUUCUGACCAUCUGGAUGUAUAUUAUGGUCAAAAGUGUCAUUUUCCAACUCAGUUUCAAUUCUGAGUUCUUUCUUAAGCCUUAAAUAAUAAAAGGAGCAGCGGACAGCCGGGCCUGGCAGAGAGUUUUAAUGUCUCGUAGAUGGCUUAAUCUCAGCACCAACAUACAGAAGUCAGGACUAAAAUCCCAGGGAAGCAGGGUGGCAGAGUGUCUGGAGGCCUCAGUUCCCUGGAGCAGAGUGCGUGCCCUCUGUGGAUGGGCACAGGGCACCACGAACUAAAAUGCAGUGUAUCCCAUUGCAGCCAAGCUUUUACCAGUGUUCAGCAUGCAUGCUUAGCAGAUCGCUGCCUUUUUAAAUAUGUGUAAAUGAAUGUACAUAGAAUAUACUCUGGACUGUGUGGGGAUCUUAUUUUGAUAUGCCUCCUGGCUCUAGAGGGCAGGUUAGGGUGCUCUCAAUCAAGGUGUUUUCAAUCAUUCAGAUUCAGUGUGUAUUUUGAGGUCUUCUCACUACUUAUAGCUCAAGUAUGCUGAUGCAGGCAUCCCAAAGGGUCAAAGAUAUGUAGCUUAUUUGGGCUUUUCCCUGACAGGCUGAGUUAGAAAGGCUCUGAAGGAGUCAAACACCAAGGCCACUUUGCCAGGACAGAGUGUUUUCUCUGGAAAUGUCCAUGUCUUACAGAAGAAAACAGUGUAUCUUUCUAAUGUUUAAACCAAAAAUGUCAGACAGGGCAGACAUGUCACUGCUUCUUUAACAGCAAAUCUGUUUUCCCAGUUGAGGCAGCAAUACAUUUCUUUGCAGGAAGACAUGGUGUUAGGAUCAAUCUGUUCAAGUGUGUCUGUAAGAAUACUUCCGUUCUAAAGUGAAGCCUGGGGAAACUUUUCACCUUCAGCCAGAUGCCGUGCACACUCAAGUCCCAUACCGUCUUUCCUCUAAAGGAAGGUGCUUUUGGAAAGUGGAGGUUGUGGGUAUCUUUUCAUUCUUUGAAAACAGAUCAGGAGAGAGAAAAGACAGCUGUCUGAACUUAAGUUUUUUCCAUGUGCAGAAAUUUGUUCUCUCAUCAAACCACUUGCCUUAGUCUCUCCUGCAGUUACUGAUGACUUGAUCUGUGGCCACAAGACUUCUGCCUGUGAGAAAUGGCCAGACCUCCAGAGCAACAGGGUCUGGCUUCAGGGAGUAGUGGGGUUUUGGGAAAGCAAUGUUCAUCUCGGUUGCCUGCAUUUUUAUACCACCUGUCAAGGACUCUUCCACUUUCUCCACGUGUAACGUUGCAGCAUUGCCUUUUCUCCUCUUGGUGCUCCUGGGCAAAACUGGAAUUUGAAAUUUAGAACUGGCAUUGUUGUCUCUUUAAAGAGUACAGUUCCUGCCUCCGUUCCAGCCUGGUAUGGUUCUUUCAUAUGCCUGAAGGUUGUCCCAUGCAAACGCCAGUAUCCUGCCAUUCACGUUUCUUCGUUUUAAGGUUUUUAAAAAACAAAUGGACAACUGUUCAUUUCGGUGAACAAACUCUUAGUUUGGCAACCGCAUGUGAAAAAGAUCAUAGCUGAAUCCCAUGAAAUAUUGAAAACCAAAGGAUUCGAGACUGGUGUUGUAAAAUAAAGAAUUUCACUUAUGUGUUACAGCCGCCAAGCUGUUAGAUGUUCCUAUAAUAGCUAAAGAGUCACUGCUAGUCUUUCAGAGAAAAGAUAUUAAUAAUUGUUUGCAACUGUAAUGUUAUGUCUAACCUUGGCAUUUUGGCUGUUUAUUUUGUGGGAACUUUUUUGUUAAUAUCUUGCAGAACAACAGCCUGGUAGAAGGGAGAAGGUAGGAGAGAGAGGGAACUUACUCUGGGGGUCUUGCCUUUUGAAAUAGGCUGCCCUGGGUACAGAUCCCGGAGUGGUUGCAUUAUGGAAACUAUCUGAAGGCUCUCAAUCAUUACAAUGGCAAGAUCCAAGUGGGGAAGGGCCUUUAAGUCAUCUAGUCCAGUCUCCCCAUAGGUGCUUACAUUCUGCUUACAACCGUCCCACCAUGGGGUUGAGCAGUCUGGGCUUAAACACCUCUGAGGACAAAGAACUCACUACCUCUUGGGGAAGCCUGUUCUAUCUUUGUAAACCUCUGGCUUUUUUCUGUGUUCUCUGUAAAUUUCCAUCUUAGUCUCCACCUCAUCAGGCCACAUGAAACAAGUUGUUCAUCUUGGCCAAUGACCUAACUGCUGGCACUAUCCCAGGGCCUAGUGUUUGUCAUUUGGAAAGGAGCAGCUAGAAAAUAGGCACACUUUGUCUUGUAUCUGACACAAGACUGUUCUUCCCCUGAGUAUUGGUCCGUUUAGUUCCUUGUUGGAAAAUGUUGAAGGACCCCCAUCAGCCUUCUUGUACUUACUUGUUCUUGCUGAAGCUGGUAGACUGGGAUGGGGGAAGGGUGUUAAGCACCUGCUAAAAAAAAUAACCUAAAACAGGACUUAGUUCUGUGCCGCCCCACAAAAAUUGAUGUUGACAGCCUCACUUAGGAAAAACUUCAGCUAGAUUUUUAAAUAUUACCAUUGCUCCAUGUGGAAUUUAAAGGCUCCAUGGCUGCCAAGGGCUGGCACCUUAAUACAGUUCCUACAAGGACUUCACACCAUUUUUAUUGAGAAAACAAAGCUUAGGAACUUGAGGAAACCACAUCUCAGGCUCUGAGAAAAGCCCAUAUUUUCAGGCUGGAAACUCUGUUAAGGGUGCUGGGGUCCAAUCAUCCAUUUUUAGAGAUGGGGAAACUAGAAUUGAAAAAGCCCUGCCUGAAGUCCCAAACAACUGGACUGACCUCUAAGUUCUCCUGCUUGUCCAGCUCUCUCAUCACUGUCGGGCUUGCAGGCUGAUUUUCAGUCCAGCCUGAAGUCAGCUGCCCUCAGACUCUUGAGACCUUGCAGCUGAGCAGUUUGCCAAGGCUAACCUGGCUCUCAAGGACUGUGAACCAACCUGCAGAACUCAAGGUUGGGUGAAAUGAUUAGGAAAGCCCCCAGUUGGGUUUUGCGAAACGAAUGGUAGGGGAGAACAGAUCUAGCCUAAGAUCAGGAUGCAGGAGCCCUGGUGGGAGAUGAAGGGUUGUCCCAGAAUCCAAAUUCUCAUGGAAUGGGGUUGGUCUGGGAUUUUUUGGUCAGACUUUGGCUUUUCAGGCAGUCCUUUGAGGUUGUGUAAUUCAGUUGGCCCUGACUUGGACAGACCCCGUUCCGUGUGCCUGCAAUUUGCAGCCUCGCAGACCCUGUUCCUGAGCUAGGCAGUUAACUGAAGGACACCAGAGCUCAGGGUCAUGCCCUGGGAAGCAUGGUGCCUUAGGGGGUGCCUUUUUAUUUCCUUUCAUUUUAUUACAGACUGUUUCCACGCUUAUGGUGAGGAAGGGUUUUGAGGUAGACCCUGGGGCAAGGUGGGACCCAUUCUUAAGGUAAAAAUGUCUACUAUCAGUUCUUUCGUCUAGCCUGCAUCUUUACACAGAAUCCAUUUGCUUGCCUCACUUAAUGAACACAUCUGCCAGUGACAGAGGGUUGUACAGGAUCCCUUAUUUUACAUUUCUAUUGUCCAUUAUGCCCAUCGGAGUGCAUUUUGGGGAGUUUGUUUUUGGGUUUGUUUGCUUUUUUUUUUUUUCUUUUUCUUUCAUUUUUUAACUGCCUUAUUGAAAAGCAAGUGCCCUUCCAUUCCAGGCUUCCUCUUGUUGUACUUGUUUCCUACCAAAUUUGGGAGAUCAUUUGUAUUUUGAUUUUUGUAACCUAUGGCUCUGUACUGUUGAAAGGCUCUCAAUUCUGUGGGGUCUCCUUAGUAUGUAUGUGACUUUUCAUGUUGUAAUAUCACACAGAUGGGACGGCCCAACUUUUGCUCUUAAUAAACAAUCUGAAUGAAUAACAA